AUGAAGAAAGCAAGCCUAUUUGUUCUACUUUCUAGUUUAUGGAGUGGAGGCCUUGGAGUUAACAGCACUACUUAUACUUGGACUACACCUAAGGAUGAACCUUCCCUGAAGGACUUGACUACUGUUUCAGUUGCUCUAAAUAAAACACAAAGUCUUCAAAUAGUACCUACCACUGAGAUCAUAUCUGCUGAGACACCUACAACUCCUGAGGCAAGAACCUCUGAUAAAAGUCUUCUGAAAUCAACAUUACUUCCUUCAAAGACAAGUGAACCUCAGAAACUUGAGAAAAACUCAACUCUCACAUCCAAAGCCAAUGCAGAAGUGGUAAAGUUUCACACUCUUGCUCUCCUGAGCAAUUCUAGCACCAGAUUGAAUCCUGGGGCAGAAUCAGUGGUACUCUCCAACUCAACACUGAAAUUUCUUCAGAGCUUUGCCAGAAAGUCGAAUCAACAAAGUCUUAACUCAACUGAAAGUGCAGGAAAUGAAUCCCUGCAGAGGAUGCAUCUCAGCAGCAGAAGCCAAAGAACUGACCAUCAGAGACCAAAUUUCGAAUCAACUAGAGGAAAGAAUUGGUGUGCUUAUGUACAUACCAGACUCUCUCCCACAGUGAUAUUGGACAACCAGGUGACUUAUGUUCCAAGUGGGACAGGAUCCUGUGGUUGGCCCAGAGGACUCUGUGCCCAGAGGUCUAAGAAAAUAUCAAAUCCUGUCUAUAGAAUGCAACAUAAAAUUGUUACUUCAUUGGAUUGGAAGUGCUGUCCUGGGUUCAGUGGUCCAAAAUGUCAGAAAAAAGUCCAGGAACAACAGCAACUGAUACACAGCAACCAGGCUGAGAGUCACACAGCUGUUGGCAACAGGACUGCCACUCUGCAGCAGCAAGAAGACUGUGGUGACCCAGCUGUAAUGCAAAAAUUGACUGAGCAGAUGACCCACCAGGCAACAAAGCUGACUUUGCUGCAGAAGAAGAUUGAUAAUAUUUCUUUGGCAGUGAAUAAUGUAAAAAACACAUACUCUUCUUUAGAAAGCAAAAUCAAUGAAGAUAAAAGUAAGGAAUUUCAAUCUUUCCUAAAAGGCCUAAAAUCCAAAAGUAUUAAUGACAUGGUGAAGAACAUAGUAAGAGAACAAUUUAAAAUUUUUCAAAACGACAUGCAGGAGACUGUAGCCCAGCUUUUCAAGACUGUAUCUAGUUUAUCAGAAGACCUCGAAAGCACUAAGCAACUAAUUCGGCAAGUUAAUGAAUCCGUGGUUUUAAUAGAAGUCCAACAAAAGUCUGCUUUAAUGCAAGAAAAUAGACCCACUCUAACUGAUAUCCUGGAUCUAAAAAACCGCAUUGUGAAUGUGAGACAAGAAAUGGCUUUUCAAUUUGAAAAGCCCAUUAAAGAACUAGAAGCAAAGCAGACUCAUUUAGAAGGUGCACUGGACCAAGAACACUCCAGAAACAGCCUAUACUAUGAAAGUCUCAACAAAACUCUUUCUAAAAUGACAGAAGUUCAUGAGAGACUUGUACCAACUGAGCAAAUAUCAAAUCAGAAGACUGCUGUUGCAGAGUCAGUCAGCAAUAAUGUCACUGAGUACAUGUCUGUUUUGCAUAAGCACCUACAGAAGCAGGAUUUGAUGAUGUUGCAAAUGGUUGAAGAUUUGCGCACCCAAGACAGCAAGAUAAACAAUCUCACCAUCACUUUAGAACUAGAGAAAACAUCAGUCCGGGGUGAAUGUGAAGACAUGUUUUCCAAGUGCAGGAGUGAGUUUAAGUUUCAUAUUAAGGACACAGAAGAGAAUUUGCAGGUUUUAAACCAAACAUUGGCUGAGGUUCUCUUUCCAAUGGACAAGAGGAUGGAUACAAUGAGUGAACAACUAAAUGACCUGACAUACGAUAUGGAGAUUCUUCAACCUUUGCUUGAGCAGGGAGCUUCCUUAAGACAAACAGCGACGUAUGAACAACCAGCAGAAGUAAUAGCAGCAAAGAAAAAGGUGGAAAUUAUGGGGAAGGCUAUCAACAGUCUAAAUUUUCUUAUGAAAGAACUUACCAAAAAACAUAGCUCACUUAGAAAUGAAGUACAGAGGCGUGAUGAUACUUUGGAAAGACGUGUUAGUGAAUAUGCCUUAGAAAUGGAAGAUGGUCUAAAUAAAACCAUGACUGUUUUAAAUAAUGCCAUCGAUUUUAUUCAUGAUAACUAUGUGCUAAAAAGCACUUUAAAUGAUAUAAAGGAUAAUUCUGAGGUUCAUCAUGAAUGCACCCAAAAGAUGCAAACUAUCUUGUCCUUUAUUCCCCAAUUUCAGCGUUUGAAUGCUUCUAUUGAUAUUUUGGUCAAUGACCAUGAAAGAUAUGACUUUGUUUUACAAGUUGCCAAGGCCCUCAGUGAACUUCAGAAAGAUGAGAAACUAAGCCUGUCUUACUUCCAAAAGAAUUAUCAAAAGUUAAAUGGAACCACUUCUGAAAUCAUUAAAUACCAGCAAAAGCUGGGUCAUUUGGAAGAAAGCAUACUUGAAAUCACAAAGAUUUCCAGAAAUUAUGAAACUCGAUUGCAAGGCAUUGAGUCUAAAAUGGCCCAGACUCUCAUACCUUCUUUUGUGUCACUUAAAAAAGGCAAUAUGGUUCCAAAUGAGAGAGAUCAGAUCCUUCAGCUACAGGUGUUAAAUUCUAGAUUUAAAGCAUUAGAAGCAAAAUCCAUCCAUCUUUCAAUUAGCUUCUCUUUGCUUAACAAAACUCUCCAUGAAACUUUAAUAAUGUGUCAUAAUGCUUUUACAAGUAUAUCAGAAGUGAACACUACCAUACCAAAGAGAAUAAAGGCUUCUUUGCCAGAUAUGCAGCUUCUCCAGAAAGGUCUAUCCGAGUUUGUGGAAUCAGUAAUUGAAGCAAAAACUCAAACAGCCUUAUCUAAUUUAACUUGGUAUAUAGAUCGAUCAUUGCCUGGGAGUCUUGCAAAUGCUCUCAAGCCUCAGAAGCAGGUAAAACCUGGACUAAAGAAACUUAAUACAUCUAAGAAAUCUACAGUGAAUCUGACCACAGUCCUGAUUGGCCGGAAUCAAAGAAACACGGACAGUGUUGUAUUUCCUGAGGAGUAUUCAGGCUGUAGCAAGUCUCCAUGCCAGAAUGGGGGCACGUGUAUCAAUGGAAGAACUAGCUUUAUCUGUGCUUGCCGGCAUCCUUUUGCUGGUGACAACUGUACUGUGAAACUGGUGGAAGAAAGUGCCUUAGCUCCGGAUUUUUCCAAAGGCUCUUACAGGUAUGCCCCGAUGGUGGCUUUUUUUGCAUCUCAGACCUAUGGAAUGACGACACCGGGUCCGAUCUUGUUUAAUAACUUGGAUGUCAAUUAUGGAGCCUCAUAUACUCCCAGAACUGGAAAAUUCAGGGUUCCUUACCUUGGCGUGUAUGUUUUCAAGUACACGAUUGAAUCGUUUAGUGCUCAUAUCUCUGGAUUUUUAGUGGUUGAUGGAAUUGACAAGCUUACAUUUGAGUCUGAAAAUAUUAACAGUGAAAUACACUGUGAUAGGGUUUUGACGGGAGAUGCCUUGUUAGAAUUAAAUUUUGGGCAGGAAGUGUGGUUGCGACUUGUCAAAGGAACAAUUCCAGCCAAAUUGCCGCCUGUUACUACAUUUAGUGGUUACUUAUUAUACCGCACAUAA